AUGAAUAAAACCCAGAUGAAGGAAUUCAAAGAAACCCAACAAUUGUUACCUAAAAUGGAGCCAAAGCCUUUAGAGGUUGAAACCCAUGAAGCUCAAUUUUCCAGUAAAAAUGGGAAAAAUCUUGCAGAAAAAACAUGGAAAGAAUCGAAGAAGCUGUGGGAAAUCGCUGCUCCGGCUAUACUCACUGCGGUUGCGCAAUUCUCUAUUGGAUUUGUUACCAUUGCCUUUGUUGGGCACCUGGGAGAGGUUGAAUUAGCUGCUGUUUCUAUUGUACAGAAUGUGCUAGAAGGAUUCGUAUACGGCGUAAUGCUAGGCAUGGGAAGUGCUCUAGAAACACUAUGUGGCCAGGCAGUUGGUGCUGGACAGUAUGAGAUGCUUGGAAUCUACAUGCAAAGAUCGUGCAUUAUAACCCUAGUCACAACCUUGUUUUUAACUCCUCUUUACAUCUUUGCGUCUCCAAUACUUAAGCUCCUUCAUCAAAGUAAAAAUAUUUCUGAGCUCGCCGGGAAGUAUGCUAUUUGGGUCAUUCCUCAGUUGUAUGCUUAUGCAUUGAACUUUCCAGUGCAAAAAUUUCUCCAAUCACAAAGCAAGAUAUGGGUUAUGACUAUAAUAUCUGUCGUGGUUUUGGCAUUUCAUGUUCUUUUGAAUUGGAUACUUGUGACAAAGCUUGGGAAAGGCUUGCUUGGUGCCGCCAUAGCAGAGAACAUAUCAUGGUGGCUAGUGGUUUUAGCUCAGAUAGUUUAUGUGGUGUCGGGUUUUUUCCCUGAAUCAUGGACUGGAUUUUCCUUAUCAGCAUUCAAAUCCCUUGCUGGUUUUGUUAAGUUGUCACUUGCAUCAGCUAUCAUGCUGUGCUUAGAGCUAUGGUAUUUUACUGUGGUGAUCCUUAUGGUUGGUUUGUUAAAGAAUCCAGAAGUUGCAGUAGAUGCCGUAUCAAUUUGUAUGAAUCUGGAAAUUUGGACGUUGAUGAUUACUCUAGGUUUCAAUGCUGCAAUCAGCGUACGUGUUUCUAAUGAACUUGGAGCUAAUCAUCCUAAAACUGCGAAGUUUUCCGUGGUAGUGGCUGUGGUCACAUCAACAUUAUUUGGAAUUUUCUUUACUGUUGCAAUUCUGGCAACGAGAAGCUAUUUUCCCAAAAUAUUUUCUGACAAACCGGAGGUCAUAAAAGAGACAUCCCGCUUGGGAUAUUUCCUGGCAGCAACCAUCUUACUCAAUAGCAUUCAACCUGUACUCCAUGGGGUGGCAAUUGGCGCAGGGUGGCAAUUUUCAGUUGCAUUGAUAAACAUUGUGUGCUACUAUGUGUUUGGCCUUCCUUUAGGUGCCUUGCUUGGUUACAAAUUUAAUCUUGGUGUGCAAGGAAUCUGGUCGGGGAUGUUAGCUGGUUGCCUUCUACAAACUGUUGUUUUGAUUAUGCAAGUAUUGCGGGCUAAUUGGACUAAAGAGGCUUUGCAGGCUGAGGAGCGCGUCAAAACAUAUGCUACCUCUCCUUUACCCCAAAACGAGGAUCAUGUCACAUGCAAUGAUACUGUGAGUUCCUUGUCUUGUCUUUCUGGUUCAGUUACUUAUUGUGGUUGGUACGAAAGUAUGAAUCUGGAAAUUUGGACAUUGAUGAUUACUCUAGGUUUCAAUGCUGCAAUCAGUGUACGUGUUUCUAAUGAACUUGGAGCUAAUCAUCCUAAAACUGCAAAGUUUUCUGUGGUAGUGGCCGUGGUCACAUCAACAUUAUUUGGAAUUUUCUUUACUGUUGCAAUUCUUGCAACAAGAAGCUAUUUUCCCAAAAUAUUUUCUGACAAACCGGAGGUCAUAAAAGCGACAUCCCGCUUGGGAUAUUUUCUGGCAGCAACCAUCUUACUCAACAGUAUUCAACCUGUACUCCAUGGGGUGGCAGUUGGUGCAGGGUGGCAAUUUUCAGUUGCAUUAAUAAACAUUGUGUGCUACUAUGUGUUUGGCCUUCCUUUAGGUGCCUUGCUUGGUUACAAAUUUAAUCUCGGUGUGCAAGGAAUCUGGUCGGGGAUGUUAGCUGGUUGCCUUCUACAAACUGUUGUUUUGAUUAUGCAAGUAUUGCGGGCUAAUUGGACUAAAGAGGCUUUGCAGGCUGAGGAGCGUGUCAAAACAUAUGCUACCUCUCCUUUACCCCAAAACGAGGGAUCAGUAAUUGAAUAA